GCCCAGGUUCACUCUCGGCGAAAGAGAGCCUCAUCUGCAAUCUGUCCUCAGAAGGGUAGGAGCAGAGAGCCCUUGCAGCGACAUGAAGCGCGCAGCUGCAAAGAAGCUCAUUGAACGUUACUUUUACCAACUUACAGAUGGAUGUGGCAAUCCUCAUUGUGACAAUCAGCAUUGUGCCUCCAGUGGCAAGGUAACUAAUCUUACUCCAAAUCAAGCAGCUGCUCAAGCGAUACAAUUAUUUUCACAAGAAGCAAGACUUUGUGAUGGUACGCAACCCAGUAAAGUUGCUCGAACUACGAUAGAACCUGGACAGACGUCAUUAGCUAAAAGUCUACCUGUAAAAAGCGUUAAUUCUACAAGCUCUGAUGAAGGAAAACAAGAGUCAUUUCUGACAGAAGCUAUGCUUCUGGAUAUUAUAGAAAAAUGUAAAGCAGAAGAUUCGUAUUCUUUAUUAAUUCGUACUUUGGGAGAAGUAUUUUCCUCUGGAAAGGCGUUAAGUCUCAGUUUUCAGAAAACUGAGAAAAAUAAUUCUCCUUUGACGGCACUUCUUGAACGAGCACCAGAUACUCUAUUAAGGCCACCCGGAGAUUUGAAUAAGGAGGCAGUGCGGUCUCUUCAAGGAGAAGAUAAAGAAGAGGAUAGCAGUGAUCCAUCACCCACAGUUCCUAACAAUGACGAUACUAGUGUUGAUUUACCAUCAGUUCGUAGAGCUUUUGAAGCACUUUGGUCCCUGCCAGGUGAAGUAUUCGAGUCAGCUCUGGUCAAUGCGCUAGUCACUUUGGCGGAUGAUAUAGAAUUAGAUCUGAGAGUAUUUCGUAUGGUACGCUGGGAUAGUAUGGAUAGUUUGUUAAAUGUAUUUCUUAUUGUUUUUGAAAUUCCAAUGCUCGGGAAUAGUGAAUACUUGGAAUUGGCUCUCCACAUGUUGUGUAAAGCGUUGAGCUGUGUACCAGUAUUGGCUCAAGCAAAAUUGGCACGCGUAUGGGCAAAACAUUGCAAAUCGCGGCUCCCAAGCCUUCUGCAAGCGCUCCAAGAACUUAUAACAGUCAAGGUAAUAGGAGGAUCUUUCUCACGUGAUUAUUGCGUCCAAGAUGCGGACACUAUUACCGCGCCUACAAAGGUUAUGAAAAUUCUGUAUUAUGCGAGUAUGUUGGCUGGUGAAUUAGACCCUCCUGAAUUAACAUUAGGCGAUGAAGGUGAAUCAACUGGUAGUGACAAAACUGCUUCACGAUCAACAAUAUCAGGACAAAUUCCUCAGGAUCCCCUAGCAACAGAAUUAGGAAUUACCGCAUUAGAUGCACGUAAACCAUUCAUACCAUUUACUGAUUUUUACAAUGAACCGCUUAGUGAUGCCAUAGAAAUGGACAAAGAUUUCGCUUAUUACAAGAGCGAAGAGCCAAUGAAAUUUAGUUUUAUGAAUUAUGCUUUUAUUCUUACGCCGGCCACUAAAACUUUGGGCUUAUAUUAUGAUAAUCGUAUCAGAAUGUAUAGUGAACGACGUAUGAGCUUUUUGCAGACCGUUGUGGGUCAACCUACUAAUCCAUAUCUCAGAUUAAAGGUGCGAAGAGAUCAUUUAAUAGAUGACGCAUUGGUAGAAUUGGAAAUGGUAGCAAUGGAAAAUCCGUCUGAUUUGAAAAAGCAAUUGGUUGUCGAAUUUGAGGGAGAACAAGGUGUCGAUGAAGGCGGCGUAUCUAAAGAAUUCUUUCAACUAGUCGUUGAAGAAAUUUUUAAUCCUGAUUACGGCAUGUUCACUACACAGGAAGACACGCAAAUGACGUGGUUUAAUCCAACGUCAUUUGAAAGUGACGCACAAUUUACAUUAAUAGGCAUUGUUCUUGGCUUAGCGAUUUAUAAUAAUGUAAUUUUGGACGUACGUUUUCCAAUGGUGGUUUAUAGAAAAUUGCUAGGCAGAAAAGGUGUUUUCCCCGAUUUGGAAGAUUGGAGUCCAACAUUAUAUCGAACAAUGAAAGAAUUAAUGGAAUACACGGCAGAUGACAUGCCAGAGACAUUUAUGCAAACUUUCCGAGUGGGUUACAGAGAUGUAUUUGGAUCAUUAUCGUUUCACGAGCUCAAAGAAAAUGGUGAUGAGUUAUACGUCACGCAGGAAAAUAAAGAAUUUGCCGAUCUUUAUGCGGAUUUUUUGCUUAACAAAUCUGUGGAGAGACAAUUUAAUGCCUUCAGACGUGGCUUCCAGAUGGUUACGGAUGAGAGCCCGCUCGCAUUACUCUUCAGACCCGAAGAGAUUGAACAGCUUGUUUGCGGAAGCAAAAUAUUUGAUUUCGCCGAGCUUGAAGCAGCUACAGAAUACGAAGGUGGUUAUACCGUGGAUAGCGAAGCAGUACGCAACUUUUGGCGCGUAGCGCAUUCCUUGCCACCAGAAAGUCAACGAAGGCUUCUUCAAUUCACCACGGGUAGCGACCGGGUACCUGUCGGAGGUCUUUCAAGACUCAAAAUGGUCAUUGCCAGACACGGUCCCGAUUCUGACAGAUUGCCAAUAGCACACACAUGCUUUAAUGUGUUAUUAUUGCCGGAUUAUAGUACAAUAGAGAAACUGCAAGAUCGCUUAUUGAAAGCAAUCAAUUAUUCAAAAGGUUUUGGCAUGUUAUGAGCAUGCCCCAUCGCUCCUCUUUCUUCCACUGUCUUUCGAAUGAUUCGAAGUACACGAUAAGACGCAAUUAAUUUCGUCAUUUUAUUCGUAGUUAUGCCAGUCGGGAAUAUUUAUCGUAAUAAUCUACAACUGUGCCAGUGCGCUUAAAUGUGGAAGCUAUUGCUUGUGCAAUAUGAAUCGUCAAAAGGCUCCUAACGUUCUAAAAAUUCCAACGAAUCAAAGAUCGAAUCCUUUGUACAAAAAAAAGGCAGACGUUCUUGAAAAAUGCUUUGAAAUUAUCCUUGCAGCACUGCAAGAAUUGCUUGUAUCAUACUGUACUUUUUCUACUUAAAACAUAGAUAACGAAGAUUGAUUUCGUUGGCCAUUCCGAAACGAUUGAGGGAAGAAGUGCAAGAGACAUUUCAAAACGCACGACUACAAUAAGUGUAAAAAGCAAGUAAAACCGAACUGCAUAGACAUAAAUAUGUAACUUUAGCAAAACAGUCGAUAUAAACAGGAUGCGUUUUGGGAACUCAAUGGUUGCAUUCGUUAUGAUUUUAUUUCAAAAUAAAUUUUAUUUAUUGAUGAA